AUGCCAUCUAUAGCAGACCAGCAGCAUGCAAAGCUCAGGAGAGUAUAUUUGAAGGGUACCGGGGGUUGGUUCUUCAAAAAAGAACAAUUCCAAAAAUGGCUUCACGACGACUGUACAACGUUGGUCUGCCCAGGCAUACCAGGCUCUGGAAAGACCAUGAUCGCGUCGGAGGCAGUAGAUCUACUAUCGCAAAUGCGGUCUAGGGUCAACGAAUCAGACGAUAACAACGUUCAAGUGCCAAUUGGUGUCGCAUUCGCGUACUUCGAUGCAAAAUUCGGGGACACUCAUCCGGCUCUUGCGCUUACGAAGCAACUGCUCAGUCAACUCAUGGAUGACUUACCAUGGUCCAAAUUGCCCCAGGAUAGCAUAUCUUGGAUGGAGAAGAAUCCACCAAGUCUUGAAGCCGUCACUGAAUUAGCUCAUAGGGUGGGGAAAUCAUACCGCCAGGUAUACAUCGUCAUAGAUGCACUGGAUGAAGUCAAAUCAGCACGAAAGGGUCUCAAGGAGUUAAUCACGGGUCUCCGGGGCUUACAAGAUUGCAUCAGAGCGAAGAUCCUUUUCACUCUACGGAAUUUGCCUGAUAUUAUGGGACUACUUCCGGAAGGUGACCGUCUAGAUAUAACGGCGAGCGAGGAUGAUAUCUCGGCAUUCAUAGAUCACAGACUACGUAGUGUCCUACGGAAUGGGGCACGGGCUCCUCAAACGCUGAGGGAGGAGCUGAAGGAGAGCUUAAUGUCGCGCUCAAAGGAAAUGUUCUCAUUAGCAGAUGCAAUCACGAUCGCCUUGUCUAAAUUUACUUUGGACAAGAAGAUGGAAUUUGCCCAUUCGCCCGCCACUCCAUAUGUGCUGAAGCAGUUCUAUCAGGAAGAGGCAUAUCGAAUUCGAACCCAGUCCAAAGAUUCUGCUCAGCUCGCAGGCUUCGUUUUUUCUCUGAUGUUCUACGCAAAAAGAAGGUUGACAUUAUCGGAAAUACGACAGGCAUUGGCCGUUGCCAACCACAUACAAGGCAAACACAAUACUGCAUUGAAUUACAACGAGAAAGAGUUUGCCAGUGCUCUUGUUUCUUCUUCCCAAGGCUGGCUCCAGAUUGAACCUGAAACACAGCUGCUCACAUGGGUUCAUGAGUCUGCAUCUGCGUCCUUGAGAGAUCCGUUAUCGAAAGACAAGGACCAGAGAGGUUUGCCGAUCUCAGUUCCUAAGGACGUAGCAAGCAUCUGUUUUUCUUGUCUGGCGCUGCCCACAUUUCGAUCUGGGCCAUGUCGCGACGACAAGAUGUUGAGGGAGAGGCUUACUGACUACCCAUUUUACGAAUACGCUUGCGAGUACUGGGCCCAGCAUGCGUCAGAAGCAGAGAAUGAAGAUUGUGAAGUACUAUUUCGGUUUCUGCAAAACAAUCAGAGUGUGUCUGCAGCUUUUGAGGUCUUCCUGGUAGCUCGGGGGAUACCACAAGGGAUCUUUUCUGACCGAAUAUUACCACGUGGCAUAACCGGCAUGCAUCUCGCAGCUUAUUUUGGCCUUCAGAGUAUCCUGAAAAAGCUUAUUAAAGCAAGAACUGAUGAUCUGGCCGUAAGAGAUAGUAACGGUCACAGCCCAUUGUGGUGGGCAGCCAACAACAGGAUGAAGGAGACUGCUAAGAUUCUGAUACCUAAAGACCACGAGGCAGUUCAUUUGCUUGUCAGAAUGGGGAAUUCAGAUGUUGUACAAAUGCUUUUAGGUGUGGGGUUUGACCUCAACCGAACGGGAGCAUGGGGAAGAACUCUGCUACAUAACGCCAUCAUGGACGACCAAGCAGCCAUCGCUCGCAACCUUCUGGAGAAGGGCGCGAAAGUCCACAAAACGGACAUCAAUGGGGACACACCAUUGACACUGGCCCUUCAGAAAGAGCAGCGCCAGAUAGCUGACGUUCUGCUUGACAUGGGAGCAUCUACAAGAAAUACCACGGUGGAACAGUGGCGGAAGGCGUACGCAAAACCUGGCCAUAGCGUAAUUCAGCUAAACUUAGAAGCGGGAAAGACCUGUAUAGGCUUUUUGACGGGCAAUACCCAGGAUGCUAUCCAAAGCGCAACAUUGGCUCAAAGUCAAGCGACGAACUUGUUCAUCUUCUCACCGUCUUCAGACCCUUUAUGGUUGCGAUCAAGAAAACAAAGCUUUUCUCUUACGGACGAGUACGUCUGGGAAGGCCCUUUGAUUACGUAUCUAGUGGUUUCGAGGUUUCCAACAGCAACAACAACGGGUUGGGAUGCAAUCUUUUCUCUACCUACUAAAGCGCCAAUUUGGAUAAGAUGGUGCAUGAUCAAAGAUGAGAAUGGGGAAAACGGCUUCCGCCGACUGGUUCAUUCUCACAACUUACCGGACACGUGGAUCCCAAAAGAAAUGCUUCACAUGUAUCUCCAGCUUCUGAAACAGACGAAGGAAUGGUGGGAGGUAACAUGUGAGCUGAGCGAACUGCAUCUACAGCGCUGUCGUGAGGAAGUUCUGGGCGCAAAGGGCGGAAAGCCCGAGCUCACAGAUCAGCUUCUAGAAGACGCGCAACAGUGGACAGCACUGCGUAAAGUUCUAGCACAGCAUAUCAAAGGAGCUGGAGAGUUCACUUCUCGCUAUCACCGUCUUUACCAAGAAGAGAAUGCUUACGAAGACUGCCGCAUCUUCUUACUCAAGUUCCAAUCUGAUGUUGAACAAAGGUUAGAUUCGCUCGACACAACAUCACAAAACCUCAUUGGCAUAGAAUUCAAUCUCGUAACGAUCCAAGAGGCUCGCAAAUCAGUUACAAUGGCAGCUAGUCUGAAGCGCCUUAGUUGGAUUACAUUUGUAUUUCUCCCAGCAACAUUCUCUGCGAGUCUCUUCGGAAUGAACGUCGACAUAUUAAAGGAUAACCCAAGCUGGAAGUGGUACAUUCUUGUCGGCGGCGGAUGCAUGCUGCUCACAUUCACAGGGUGGCUGCUGUUCAAAUUCACGGCGCUUGAAGCCUGGCUUGAUCGCACGACGAACAACACGACGGCGAUACUGGGUAGGGAGAAGGGGAAACAGAAGAAAGCGCAUCUAGCGAAUGUCCCAUGA